CACUUUCCACUUUCAGUUCUUCUUUCUUCAAACCAGCUGUGGGAAAACAAGGCAAAGGAACUAGGUAAUGCUUCCAUAUAAAGGUCUCCUUAGCAUCUCCCUGAGGCAGAGGAGGAAGAUUUCUGAAGAGCACAGUGGCCUGAGCUGCAGCCUUUCAGAACAGCUGAGAAGCACCCCGUGAUCAUGAGCGAGAACACUAGGAACACCUUGGAGAGCCAUCUGCGCCAACUAAAAUGCCAUUUCACCUGGAACUUGGUGGAGGGAGGAGAGUCCUUGGAUGACUUUGAAGAUGAGGUGUGUAAUGAGACUGAGUUCCAGAACAACGAAUUCAAAGCCACAGUGUUCAACAUACUGGCCUAUGUAAAACACUGCAGAGGCAACGACCAGGCCGCCCUGGGGUGCCUACGGCAAGCGGAGGCGCUGAUCCAGCGAGAGCACGCGGAGCAGGCAGCCAUCAGAAGUCUGGUCACCUGGGGGAACUCUGCCUGGGUCUACUACCACCUGGGCAGAUUCGCAGAUGCUCAGAUGUAUGUGGACAAGGUGCUACAGGUAUGUGAGGAGUUCCGCAGCCCCUACAGAAUCGAGAGUCCCGAGAUGGACUGUGAGGAGGGGUGGGCCCGGUUACUGUGUGGAGGAAAGCACAACGAGAGGGCCAAGGUGUGCUUCGAGAAGGCUCUGGAAAGGAAUCCCCAGAAUCCGGAAUUCACCUCUGGCCUGGCCAUCGCCAGCUACCGUCUGGACACCUGGCCACUGCCUCAGAAUCCUGUUGACUCUCUGAGGCAGGCCAUCCGGCUGAAUCCUGACAACCGGUAUGCAAAAGUUCUCUUGGCUCUGAAACUUCAGAGGAUGAAGGAAGAAGGUGAAGGAGAAAGGCUCGUGGAGGAAGCUUUGGAGGACGCCCCGUGUGCAACCGAUGUGCUUUGUGGAGCAGCAAAGCUGUAUCAAAGAAAAGGAGCCCUGGACAGAGCUAUCGAACUGCUUAGGAAGGCUCUAGAAGGCAUGCCCAACAACACUUACCUGCAUUACUACACUGGGUGCUGCUACAGGACAAAAGUCCUCGAAAUUCUACAGGACACAGGAAAGAAUGACAUGUAUGGGAGAAGAAAGAAGUUACAGGAAGCCAUUGAACAAGCUAUGUAUCAUUUGAAGAGAGUGGAAGAGGCCAAUACAAAGCUCCCCUGUGUGGGCUCCUACCUGGCCUGCCUCUACGCACAAGCAGGUCAGUAUGAUGAAGCAGAGCAUUACUUCCAAAAAGAAUUCUGCAAAGAGCUUUCUCCUGGAGCCAAACAAGUCCUCCAUCUGCGCUAUGGCAACUUCCAGCUCUACCAGCGGAAGAGUGAGAACACGGCCAUCCACCAUUUCAUACAGGGUGUGAAAAUAAACCAGGACUCAAAGGAGAGAGAAAAGAUGAAAAACAAGCUGCAAAAAAUUGCCAGUGUCAGGCUUUCUAAAGACGGGGCCGAUUCUGUCGCUUUGCACCUCUUGGAGUUUCUUCAGGAGCAGGAUGCAGAGAUGCGGCCAGCAGAGGAAAAGUCUGAGAGGUGUUUGGACUCUGGAAGCCUCCUUCCUCCAGCAUCAUCCCCUGAAGAAUGAGGAAUCAGUAUAUGGUGCCUGUGGGACUGGGGCGGGAAGGGAAGGGGAAACCCCUCCACCAAGUUUAUGUUCAAGAUAUUUCUCAACUGGUAUGGCAUAGGCAUGGACGUGCCACUGGCCACCAGUCUGGACCAGGUUUACAGAGGGACCCACUGGGCGGAGUGUUGACACAUGAAUCACUCAGGCUGUUCUGAGACAGGGAUUAGAUUGGAGUAGGGGUGAUCCUGAGAUUUGGUAAGGGAGCUACUUCCAAACACCUCCUUCGAGCACUAUGCAUUGUGACAUUCUCUUAUUCAGCCUCCCUGGGGUGAUGCUUUGGGUUUGUCUCUAUGUUUAUAUAAAGCAGCCAGAUCUCUCAUAUCUGUAACACUGCAGUCCAUUUUUUGCAAUGUUUUUCCAUGCUUAGAGUCAUUUUAGAUCCUAUAUGGUUUGGACCUGCAUAGACACCAAUGUACUGGGUCCAUUCAAAGGCUGGGGGACCAAGACCCACAUAAGGCUCAGUGUCUCCCCUCCCUCACUUCUGCCUCCUUCCCCAGACAGUCCUCCAUCUAGACUUUCCUAUACAACCUGAGUUCAAUUAUCCCAUUAACUGAGGUGGGAACAUAGUUUGAAGAAAAGAGAGCAGAGAACAGGUUGAAUUCUGAAGGAACAUGGGAUCAGGCAAUCACAGUGCAAGGGUUUGGGGAGGCAUGUGGGAAGAUUUUGCCUCCAUUCCACCCUCCCUGUAACACAGCGUGUGAAGAAUAAAAAAGGGGGUUGUGCACAAA